AUGUCGGAGUACCAGCCUCCUUUGACAAUCACUCAGAUGGGCUACCGAGCUAUGGCCCGCAUUCAGCUGAUGCAAAUGAAGACAGAAGAUGAACGAAGGUGGGGUGAGCUGAAGUCGACCUCAUGGCCACCGUGGAAAGAAGACCGGACUGCCAUGGAUUCGGACAUCGGACCGGAGCGUGGUAUCUCACGCGCUGGCCAGAUGAUCUUACGCAUGAAUGAGGCCGGAUACCCCAGUUUUGGAUGGGAUCGCAUCAUUCAACUGUACUCCGGUUGGGAUCCUGAUGGAAGCCCGGUCAUUCAAACUAGGAUGACUCUCCCUCGAAUCCAAAACGCAAUGGUUUCUGCAUUGAAUGAGGGAAUGAUGCCAAGAGAGUUUCCUUGCCUACAGGAUAUCGACCACGGGGUUUGGGCUGCGAGGGUGCGAACGACAAGGACUGUCGAAGAAUCUUGGGCAAUUUUCCUCGCAUAUGAGGACACUGCCGACGAGGCACUGCGGAAGAUGGCAGUGCAGAAGAGGCCACUGUUGAAAAGAAGAGAUGUGUACUUGGCAAUGUUUGAGCGGCUGAUUGGUUCUCGGAAGCUUGCAUCUCGCGACAGGCGAGGGAUUGUCGCCCUUCGUCCUGGCUAUGUCGAAAUGAAAGAGGAACUGCCUGGGGAUAGGAGGGAAGCCUUGCCUACCCCGGACUCGCCGCAUGAACGUUUGGAUCCACGUCUUCAGCUGCCUUCAGUGGAUGAGCUCCUCGAGAGAAUGAUUUCCAAGCGCAUAUACCCGAGCAAUGCCUGCUUGGCGGUACUGCUUCGGAUAGUGCCCAGACUUGAACGAGGGCUGGAAACCAUGCUCACCAGCCGCGACAAGCGCGUCCGCGCGCUUCUGUUGCUGGACAUCACCGAACAACAAAUAGAAGAUGUCCCUGAACAGGUGUUCAACGCCUACAUUCAUUUGCUCUGUCGAUAUUUUUCGAUUCCUGACUGGUAUCAUUAUGUCGAUGGGGCUCCGAAAGGCGAUGGGCGUAUCCUACUUCAUCGAGCGAUUGCGCUCAUGGACCGCAGGAAGUCGACAUACCGCCCCGGAUGGAACGGAAUUCUGCACGCAGUCCAUAUAUUUGACUCCAGGCGCCGAGGUAAUGGGACCUCUGAACUCAUGCGUCAAACUCUCAAAGUCCUGGAUCGUGCAGGAGUUGAGCUUGAUGAGGAGGGCUUCCAUACCGUCUGUCUCUCGCUGAGUCUCAGCGCCGUGAUCCGCAGGAAUCGCAUCAUCACUGCCCAAGACCGUGGAGAAGGGCUUCCGGAAGACGCGCAAGCACACCACUUCCAGCAUAAUGUCGACGACUCCCACUUCCUCCGCUCUCUCUUCAACAAGGUUGUCGGCCAAGACACCCUUGUCCAUAAUGAGCCUCAUCUCGCAACAGUUGGUGACCGCGAGCCUGUGACCGCUAGAAAAGCUCUGAGUGUCCCCCGGCCAGCCACCCUUCACGCCUACAUUCGCGCGCUUGGAAUCAUGGGUGACUAUGAGGGUCUGUUAUCUGUUGCAUCUUUCAUGCAUGACAAUGUUUCUGGGUUGCUGCAGCAUUGCGACAAUGAGCUCAACGGAUACGUCCGUCUGAGGCGUACCAUUGUCGCUCUGCGGUGUUUUUUGGAGCGCAGCUGGGAGGAGCAAUCCGAGCAGCAGGCUUUGCCCGCCAUCAGCGAUGAACUCUCCGAACUGGAUGAAUUGGCUCAGUCAACGGACCAAGAGGACGAGACGACAGGUGAGCAUGCGCCUGAGGAGCUGGUCAUGCUUGUGAGAGAUAAGGUGGAAAACCUGGCCGCGAAGUGGGGUCAUUGGCCUAGCGAUGGUGAGGUGGAGGAAUAUGUAGAGUGGGGUCAGACGUUGAAGUCUCUGGGAAAACAAUAG